GGCUAUUAUCAACAUAAGGUCAAGGACUUCAGGGAAGGGAAAGGUCAGGAUCCGUCCGGGUUGAACCAGGCCGUCUCGAAACUGUCGGUGACCCCGGCUGCCCAGCAAAAGCAGCAGGAGAUCCUGAAGCAGGUGGAGCAGCCCUUCGUGCCCAAAGAACCGCCUCCUGAAUUUGAAUUUAUCGCCGAUCCCCCCUCCAUUUCGGCGCUAGACUUGGACAUAGUAAAACUGACUGCCCAAUUCGUAGCCAGAAAUGGCCGAGCUUUCUUGACCCAACUGAUGAACAGAGAGCAGAGGAACUUCCAGUUCGACUUCCUGAGGCCUCAGCAUUCUCUGUUCCAGUAUUUCACCAAACUGCUGGAACAAUAUACCAAGGUUCUCAUUCCACCAAAAAGUAUGCAGCAGCGCCUCAGAGACGAAGCGAAGAGCGCAAAUUCUGUUCUGGAACAAGUGAAAUACCGAGCAGAGUGGCUGAAAUACCAGGAAGCGCAAAAAGCU